CAUAGAUACAUAAUAAUAUGGACGUGCUGUCAAAAUCCGUUUCGGUAGAAGCAUCACACAGCCAAGAAGUUAAAAAUAUUCUUCUAAAACGAUGGAGCAACUAAAUUCGGCUUUGGUGUCCAUCAAAGUUCUAAGGGCGCGUGUGGGUCAGGUAUUCGAAACAUUAGGAAGUGGCAUUCGGGCUGAACAUGGAGAAGAAGGAAGAGAGACGAAAUUCCUAAUGGAAUUGCAAGAACUUCUCAAUGCCGUCAAUAAUAACCUGAGAGACUUGGAAUCGAUUGCCAACGGACUUACACCGGCCCCAUUCAACUUGGGAAAUACGUCGUAUUUGUCUCAAGAAACCACCCAAGAACGCCAGGCAUUAUACUCGCAAUUGGUCAACAGCUACAAGUGGAUUGACAAGAUUCACGAAUACAGCCAGCUGGCAACACAAGUUCUGUCGGCAAAUGGACUAAAGAGAUCUUAUUUCAACAGUACCAAUAAAAGACGUCGACCGCUUACGUCGUGCCACAAUGUGAUGCCACCAGCUGUGGACAACGUUCUCAAUAAUAUCGAUAGAACCCUAAGUGAUAUGACAAUAAAAGUAUGGCGACCAUUCGCUACAAACGCAAUCGUUCAUGUAAUUCUGGGCAGAGUUUUGAAGGCCGCGUUCGUAUUUAAAGGAAUUAUGAUCGAGUGGAUCACAGUUAAGGGAUUCGAUGAGAAUUUCGAUGAAAUCGACGAUUUAUGGACUGAGUCGAGACACAAAGUGUUUCGAAAAGUUCAAAAUCAUACGCACUCAGGGAUGCUACACUUUUACUCGCCAACCUUACCCGAUUUAGCUGUUAGAAGUUUCAUGACUUGGAUUCACAGCUACAACCGAUUGUUCUGUGACCCUUGCAAAAAAUGCGGAAAUCAUUUGCUGAAUGCUUUACCACCGACUUGGAGGGAUCUUAGGACUUUGGAACCGUUUCAUGAAGAGUGCAAAUAGUUGAGAUAAAUAAAAAUCGAAUUCGUGAACGUCAAUU